UGAGGUUCUUGUCACAGACUAAGAGAAAACGACAGUUUUGAUGAUACUCAGGAUAAGAUUCUUCUUACUUACUCUCUUUCUAUUUUCUCCAGGGAUCUGUUACUCACGGACUAGCAUAAGGAAUAGUGCGAGCCCAAGAUAAAACAAAAUAAUUAUACUAUAUUCAACAUCUUUUUGUGCUUUCUCACUUCUGCUUGACCACAGGAUUUGCAGUUUCUCUCCACCAUUCUGCUAUAAGUUAAAGCAACUUACCACCAACUUGCAUUAGAACCGGAGAAAAUUCCCCAUAUCGGACAGAACCUGUAGUUUGUCAGAAAGUAAUGCCCCUACACUCUCUUUUUAAACGUUUGUGUAGGAAGAAUUAUAUGGAUCUUGUCAUUUUUCUUUCUGGUUAAUGGUCGGUUGGAUGGAUGAAAAUAUUCAUUAAUUUUUUGUCUUAUUGGGACAAAACGUCUUUAAUCUAAUAAAUCGUGGAAUACAAUAAAAGAUCAUAUCAUAUUUUUUUAGAAUUUUUAAUUUGGCUUCUAGUGAAUUCAAGAGGCUUUGAGUGCUUAACUAGCUGAGACACAGAGAAAUCUCAAACAGAGCACAUGGAACGCAACUGGGAUCUUUAGUACUCACUGCAUAUGAUGUUGUCUCUCUGCUCUUUAUUUAUUGUGAUCAUUUGCUACCGUAAACAAGCGGGUUAAUGAAUCUGAUUACAGAAAUGGCGAAAACGAAGAGGAAUUCCUUUCCUUUUCCAUUGCCUGUCAUCUUCUUCCUACUAUCUCUACCUGGUCCUCUUUUUGUUCAUUCUCAGUGCACCCAAAAGCCAGUUAUUUUCAACUUUGGCGACUCAAAUUCUGAUACAGGUGGUUUCUCUGAGGGACUUGGCCUCAAAUUUGGACUCCCAACUGGCCGUACAUUCUUCCAUAAACCAUCAGGAAGAUUAUGUGAUGGACGCUUAAUGAUUGAUUUUCUAUGUGAAAAUGUGAGUUCUGAUUAUUUGACCCCAUAUCUGCGAUCUGUGGGGCCAAAUUUCACCAAUGGAGCCAACUUUGCUAUAUCUGGUUCAGCUACUCUGCCAAAGGAUCGUCCAUUUAGUUUGCAUAUUCAAAUUAUGCAAUUCCUUCAAUUUCAAUCACGCUCCCUCGAGCUUAUUCCAAAAGGGUAUAAAGACUUGGUUGAUGAAGAAGGGUUCAAUAAUGCUCUUUACACAAUUGACAUCGGACAAAAUGAUCUUGCUGCCGCAUUCACUUACUUGUCUUAUCCGCAAGUCAUCCAGAAAAUACCAUCUUUUGUUUCUGAGAUAAAAAAUGCCAUAUGGAAUAUAUAUGAACAUGGAGGGAAAAAAUUUUGGGUACACAACACAGGGCCAUUGGGCUGUUUACCUCAAAAGCUUGCUGCAACUUCUUCAAAUGCCAGUGACCUUGACAAUCAUGGAUGCCUCCAAUCCCAAAACAAUGCUGCGAAAGAGUUCAACGCUCAGUUGAAAGCUGCAUGUGGAGAACUAAGAUCUGCUUUGACAAAUGCCACCAUUGUGUAUGUUGACGUCUAUGCCAUCAAAUACGACCUCAUAGCCAACUCGGUCUCAAACGGGUUUGAGAAUCCAUUGAUAGUGUGUUGUGGCUAUGGAGGACCGCCAUACAACUUCAACCAGAGCAUUACUUGUGGCCAACCGGGCUUCAACACGUGUAACGAAGGAUUAAAGUAUGUAAGUUGGGAUGGAGUUCACUAUACAGAAGCAGCAAAUGCUGUGUUUGCCUCCAAGAUACUUUCUUCUCAAUACUCUUUUCCAAAACUUCACUUUAAUUUCUUCUGUAACAAGUGAUGAUUGGAUUCAUUUUGACUCAACCUAAACAGCCAUAUAAUUUGGAUAAUGUUCAGCUUUUGAUUGGAAUUGGGUAGGA